AUGGCGGCUUCACAGUGUCAGCUUGAAGUGGAUCCUCCACGCGCCACGGCGGAGCCGGUCCAGCAGCCCCCUCAGCCCAGCGGCGGGAAGCGCAAAGGCAAGGCUCAGUACGUGCAGGGCAAGCGCGCUCGGCGCGGUGACGCCGGGCCUUGGCAGCUGGAGUCCGGGCUGCAGGGCAUCCUCAUCACCUGCAAUAUGAACGAGCGCAAGUGCGUGGAGGAGCCCUACAGCCUGCUCAACGAAUGCGGCGACGACAUGUACGGGCCCGAAAAGUACAAAGAUCAGCCGCCCUCUGGAAGUGAGGGAGAAGACCAUGACAUGGAAGCUGCCUUGAAGAAAGAAGUUGGUGAUAUUAAGGCUUCUACAGAGAUGAGGCUAAGAAGAUUCCAGUCAGUGGAGAGUGGAGCAAAUAAUGUAGUCUUCAUCAGAACACUUGGGAUAGAACCUGAGAAAUUGGUGCAUCAUAUUCUCCAGGAUAUGUACAAAACCAAGAAAAAGAAGACUCGAGUUAUUUUACAAAUGUUACCCAUCUCAGGCACAUGCAAAGCUUUCUUAGAAGAUAUGAAAAAAUAUGCGGAAACAUUUUUGGAGCCCUGGUUUAAAGCUCCAAACAAAGGGACAUUUCAGAUUGUUUAUAAAUCUCGAAAUAACAGUCACAUGAAUAGAGAAGAAGUUAUCAAAGAACUGGCAGCAAUAGUGGGUAGCCUCAAUUCAGAAAAUAAAGUGGAUCUCACCAAUCCCCAGUACACGGUGGUAGUAGAAAUCAUCAAAGCUGUCUGUUGCCUGAGUAUGGUGAAAGAUUACAUGUUGUUCAGAAAAUAUAAUCUCCAGGAGGUUGUGAAGAGUGCUAAAGACCCACCACAGCCCCACCCAAAGCUAGGAAAUGGGAAAGAAGCAAAAUUGGAACCUGAAGCCAAAUUAAAUCAAAAUGACCCCUCAGAAGGAAAAAACAACCAGCAGGUGGUACCAGAGAAUAAUGAGGAGCUGGAGCAGACAAAACCCAAGUCUGAGUCACAGGUGGUGAAUGAGGAAGGAGCUAAACCUGAACUUGCAGAUCAAGUCACAGAAGGAUCCAAGUCAAAUGAAAAUGACCACUCAUAGGAGGUCAUUUUAUGUUGGAGGUGGGUUUCCCAGUGGGGUUCUGUGAGAUGGUAGUAGGGUUCCAUGUAAAAUUAUAAUAUUUUGACCUUGUGCUGCCUAAUGCUGGUCUCACAACCCUGUUAGUGAUU